AUGAGAAUUUUCCAUAGCUGUUCGGAUAACCUAAACGAUUCGUCAUACAGAGACAUUUGUAGAAAACUCAAUAAACAUAUGAAGUGUUUCAUGGACAACAAGGUUAGGCGCCUUUCAUCAGCUAGCAAUAUCAGCAACGUUGCUCUUAUAUACGAGAAACAUCAUUACGAACCUGUCAUUUUUUACGAAGAAGGUAAUAAAAGCCCUGAUAGCGCUACUAAAGCGGAAGCUUUCGCUUCCUACUUUUCUAGUGUUUUCAAAUCAAAGCGAGCCCCCCCCCUUUUCAACUCUCUCGAUUCUACUCCCCUGGUUUUCGGAAUCGUCACGCAGUUCCUUUAUGCCAUAUCGUUAACACUUCCCUGUUGCUCGGUCAGUCCCUUUGGAUUGAAAAUGGCUUUUGUUAAUGCUCCCUUGCUAAGACUAAAGAUGCCAAAAAGGAGUACCGAUUUUUGCCAACAGGCUUUUUCCCCACUCCUGGUAAGGUUCUCGAAAAGUUUACUCAAGGAGCACUUGCUCUCAUGGUUAUUAACUAAAAAUAUAUCCCACUUGAGCAGCACGGCUUUGUACCUGGUUCCUCCACUUGUACACAACAUUGGUAUUAGAGGAUCUAUUCUGGAGUGGUUCAAAUCCUAUUCAAAUGAAAGAAAAGCGGUUGUUCGUGUGUCCGUUCAAUACGAGGCUGGCAGCGCCUACACUGUUACGAAUCUCCUCAAGGUCAGGAGGAAUUGA